CGAAUUAGGUCGGUUCGCGCCGCUUUGCUUGUACGCACUCUCUUCUGGCUCAAUCCUAGAACCCUCAGAUAAGCUCUAUCGCCGUCGACCUUGCCACUGUCUCUCUCUCCACGAACCCAAGAAUCACCAUGUCCAUGUUUCUCCGAGCUCUGCCUACUAUAACCCUACGUUCCAUACCCCUUUCUCUCUCAUCUAUCCCCCUCUUGUACCUCAACUUGCAAACACUCACUCAACCCAGAAUAUAUCCAAGUAGAACCACUUACUCCGUUUCUGCUUCAGCAGCUCCAUCUACUUCAUCAGAAACCCUAAUUUCUAACCCUAAACAGCCUGCAAUACCCUUCAAAGGCUCUCUCGAAUGGGUCAGCAGAACCGGGUUUUGCGGUGAAUUGUCUGAAAACGACGUCGGUAAACGGGUCAGACUUUGCGGGUGGGUCGCGCUUCACCGGAUUCACGGUGGUCUCACUUUCCUCAAUCUCAGAGACCACACUGGGAUUGUGCAGGUUACCACACUCCCGGAUGAGUUCCCUGAUGCACAUUCGAUUAUUAAUGACCUGAGGCUCGAGUUUGUGAUUACUGUGGAAGGUGUUGUUCGGCCUAGGCCCAGUGAGUCAGUUAAUAAGAAAAUGAAGACUGGGAUGAUAGAGGUAAGACAAUUUUGCUUUGUUAAAAACACUAAAUUGCCAGGGCCGGGGCCGACGCCAUUUUUGGUUACUACUGCAGAUGAUGUAAAAGAUUCUGUUAAAGAGGAAAUCCGUUUAAGAUAUCGUUGCCUUGAUUUGCGCCGGCCACAAAUGAAUUCAAACAUAACGUUGCGACAUAGUGUGGUGAAACUCAUUCGCAGGUACCUAGAGGACGUUCACGGUUUUGUGGAGAUUGAGACACCAAUACUUUCUAGAUCUACUCCAGAAGGUGCCCGAGAUUAUUUGGUCCCUUCAAGAGUUCAGCCAGGAACCUUCUAUGCUUUGCCCCAAAGUCCACAGCUGUUUAAGCAGAUGCUAAUGGUCUCCGGUUUUGAUAAAUAUUAUCAAAUAGCGAGAUGUUUUCGAGAUGAAGAUCUUAGGGCAGAUAGACAGCCUGAGUUUACACAACUGGAUAUGGAGAUGGCUUUCACUCCUUUGGAGAACAUGCUCAGGCUCAAUGAAGAUUUGAUUAGACAGGUUUUUCUGGAGAUCAAAGGUAUUCAGCUACCCAAUCCUUUCCCGAGGCUUACAUAUGCUGAAGCAAUGAGUCAAUAUGGUUCAGACAGACCAGAUGUUCGAUUUGAUCUUGAAUUAAGAGAUGUAUCUGAUAUUUUCACAGAUUCCUCCUUCAAGGUUUUUACAGAUACCCUGGCGAGUAGGGGAAUUAUAAAAGUUUUAUGUGUGCCUUUAGGAUCAAAAAGCUAUUCAAACACAGCCCUUAAGAAAGGUGAUAUUUUCAAUGAAGCAAUCAAAUCUGGAGCUAAGGGUUUACCUUUCCUAAAGGUCUUGGAUGAUGGGGCCAUUGAGGGCAUCCCUGCACUGGUAUCGAGUUUGGAUCCUACAAAAACGGAGCAGUUACUGACACGGUGCUCUGCAGGAUCAGGUGAUCUUAUCUUGUUUGCAUUGGGUCACCAUGUCUCAGUUAAUAAAACCUUAGACUGGCUACGGGUAUAUGUAGCACAUGAGUUGGGCUUGAUUGACCAAUCCAGGCAUUCAAUUCUCUGGGUGACUGAUUUCCCAAUGUUUGAAUGGAACAGUUUAGAACAGAGGCUUGAGGCCUUGCAUCACCCUUUCACUGCCCCAAACCCUGAAGAUAUGAAGGAUCUGUCCUCGGCCCGUGCCUUAGCUUAUGACAUGGUUUACAACGGAGUUGAGAUUGGUGGAGGAAGCUUGAGAAUUUAUAAGCGUGAGAUUCAAGAAAAGGUUUUGGAAAUUGUAGGCAUUUCCCCUGAGCAGGCUGAAGCAAAAUUUGGCUAUCUUUUGGAGGCUUUAGACAUGGGUGCUCCUCCACAUGGAGGAAUUGCUUACGGGCUGGAUAGGUUGGUGAUGAUGUUGGCUGGUGCAAAUUCCAUCAGGGAUGUUAUUGCCUUCCCCAAGACAACAACAGCCCAGUGCGCCCUAACUCGUGCACCCUCCGAGGUGGAUCCUCAGCAAUUAAAGGAUCUUUCAUUUAAGACCCAAUAGUUUUUCUUAUUCAUUUUACUUAUCCUUUUUUUUUUGGGUGAAUACUUAUCCUUCUGUUAUUGAGGAAUUCACAUCUGUCAUUUCCUAACUAAAGUAAUGAUAAUUUGGGGUUCACUAGCCUGGGUACAUCCAUAUUUUGCUCUGUGAGGAAUAUUUUAAUAUGUAUAUUUGGAACGAUUUUGGCUACAUCGAAAAUAAUCUUUGUUAUUGUAGACUUCUAAACUGUGUGUAAUUCAUAUAUUCAGAUGAAAAAAAGAUCUCAUUCCUUUUGUUUAA